UCUCUCUGACACACACACACACACACACGCACACACACAAAUGAAUGACCGGCCGCCUCCAUCACACCCCCACACCCCUCUACAGUUGGUAGAGUCCGGGACGGAGCAUCAUGGCGAUUGACGGAGGGGGGAGGAACUGUGGUGUUCAUGAGCUCAUCUGUGCCAGACGAGUGUCUCCCGAGCUCCUGGGUGUCCUGUCUUCCAUUGCAGCCUUCAUGGCAUUGAUGGCUCUGUUUUUUCUUUACCUCAACAACAAAUUGUCAGUGGAGAGUCCUGACAAUCUGUCACAUCUCAGUGACUAUAAGAACAACCAGCCAGAGGGAGUUUUAUCAGACAGUGAGGAGGACAGAGUUCCAGAGGGCGAGGUCCAGCAGAACACAACCUCUGCAUGGAGCAGCACACGCAAACAGUCAUCUGAGCACGGAGGAUACAGCAGCGAGGCCUCCAGUGAACAGGCCAGCAGCAUCCAGAGGAUAAAGAAAGAUUCCUCGCUUGGUGAACCUCAGCCUCCUCCGUACCAAGACGAGGGCUCGGGGGCCUGCGUGGGUUCUCGAUCCCGCUCAGAGCGAGGGGUCAGGAGAGCGCCGAUCCCACAGCGCUGUGACAGCCCCCACUGCUCCAGUGAGGCAAGCGGGGACCAGGACACUGAGAGUUACCUCAACAAAGCCUGUGAUGAGGACAUACCCAGUGACAGCACUGCUGUUCUAGGGCCAGAGGAUGGUUCUGGUCCUCCGCUUCCCACUGCCUACGAGCCAGAGCCCCUCGCCAAAUACGGCACCCUGGAUGUCGCCUUUGAGUACGAUUCCAGUGAGCAGUGGCUGGCCGUCACUGUCACAGCUGCAACUGACAUUCCUGCUCUCAAACAGACCGGCAACAUCUCGUGGCAGGUCCACUUGGUCCUGCUGCCCACCAAGAAGCAACGUGCUAAGACCGGCGUUCAGAAGGGCCCGUGUCCCGUCUUCACAGAAACAUUCAAGUUUUCCAGGGUGGAGCAGGAGGCCCUGGGAGACUAUGCUGUUCGCUUCCGCCUGUACAGCAUCAGACGGAUGAAAAAAGAGAAGGUCCUGGGAGAGAAGGUGUUCUACCUAACGAAGCUCAACCUGCAGGGCAAAAUUGCUCUACCUGUCACGCUGGAGCCUGGCUCUGAACUUACAGGUUGUGGCUCUGUGGUGAGCGUGUCUCGCAGUGCGGGGGCUCUGUCCUAUCGCUCCACUGAAGACUCAUCCACACCUGAGAUCCUCCUGGGUCUCAUCUACAACUCUGCCACAGGGCAGCUCUCAGCUGAGGUAAUCAAGGGAAAUCACUUCAAAACCACAGCGUCUGAUAAACCCGUCAAUGGUCUGUUUUGUUGUGUAAAACACUUCGUAGGGGGACAGCUUUAUAUCAUGAGAGACACCUAUGUGAAGCUGACCAUGCUGGACUCAAAGGGAAAGGAGAUGUCCAAGUGUAAGACGGCCGUUUGCCGUGGCCAGCCCAAUCCGAUCUACAAGGAGACAUUCGUGUUCCAGGUAGCGCUCUUCCAGCUGUCCGAGGUGUCACUGGUGGUGUCGGUGUUCUGCCGCCGGAGCAGCAUGAGGCCCAGGGAGCUGGGCUGGGUCUCCCUGGGCCUCAACAGCACCAGCGAGGAGCAGCAGGCCCACUGGACAGAGAUGAAGGAGGCGGAGGGACAGCAGGUCUGCCACUGGCACACCCUCACCGACACAUAGGAGGACGAUUUUCCAAGACCGAACUUCCAGAGAGAGCAUUCCUUCUACAUUUUCGGAGCGCAAGAAAACUCCCUGUGGGAUGUGUGUUGUGUGUGUGUUGCAUACAGGUGUGAGAGGUGAGCAUGGGUUCCCAGUCUUAACUGCCAGGCUGCAUGAAUACCCUUUAAUCUGCCACCUUUCUCUGAGACAGAUGGGCUGACUCCUGCUUCCGCCUUGUUUACAGGACCAUGUUAAGACACUUCCAGACAUUUUUCCCCCUCUGAAUCUUGGACCAAAGAGCUCGGUCCAGUACUAGCAGGCUCCUUCCUUCUUUCCUUUUCUGGAUUUCAGCUGCCACCAGCAUACCAGACAUUACUCAAUCAGUCGUAGCCACCGACAAAAGACAAUGAAUGAAGAAGACUGUUACAAAGGGCCUAUAACAUGCUGCAGCUAUACUUACAAGCUGUGCUUUCUACAGUUUGUUUACACGCACAUGACAUUAUGCAAGAUUCAUUCAUUGGUUUUUCCUUUUAGGUUCUUGGGUUAUUCUUCCUAGUCUACCAGUUUUAUGGUCGUUUCUGUGGGCUGUGUGUUAAACAAAGACAGAUUUCCUUUUUUAUCUCGUGGUCUUGCAUAACUCAGUGCACUAUGCAUCUGACGCCACUUUAGACGAGAGGAAUGCAAUUCUUUCUUGAGCUUGCCGAGUCUCUUACAGAAUUGGACACAGCUCUGCAUGCCACCGGUAUCAAAGAGCAGCUUCCUUUCCUGUGUAAUGCAGAUCGAGCCUGUUUCACUAUUCAGCCUUCUAACAACUCAGCCAUGUUCAUUCAUGUAGAAACAUGGUGCUUCCCGCUGAGGAGGAAUAUGCAAAAGCCUGCACAGGCCAAGUAAACCUGGCCGUUUCUGCCUCGACUGUGUACGCUGUAACGCGAGUUUGAGUGGCGAGACAAAUCACAAGAAGGAGAUGAUCAUAUUUUCUCAUUUUCAUUUUUAAUAAAGGCUAAAAUAAAACGGGGAAAAAAUGUUGUUCAGAACUGAGAAAUCUUAUUAUCCAGGCGAGGGGUUCAUCUGGAACAAAGGCCAUUUUAAACUCAUCUGAAAGAGCAGCUAUGAGUCAGAAAAUCCCCCAUAAGAAUACUGAAGACUGCACAGCCACACCCUUGUAUUAGUGAAUGAAACCAUUUCCCCUGCAUCUGCUGGUUGAAACCGAGAGGCGCAUUCUUCUUUCUCUGUCCCAAUGAUGUCAGAUUUGAACCCUUCUUCUCACUUAUGAAUACUGCAACCACUCCUCGUCCCUUUAGAGGUUCUGUUGGGACAAUUUCAAUUUAUAAUUUAUCAAAAGAGGUUUUUCCAGUUUUUAAUAAAAAACAGAUGUUAUCUAGAUUUUUUAAUAGAUUAUCAUUUUUUUCACAAUCAGGAAUAACAGAAAAUUUUUAGUUUGGUUUGCACUUAGUUUUAAAGUGCAGGUUGUGUUUAGCCAGCACUGAUAACCAUUGACACAAUAUUGGAGAACAGUCCUGUUCGCAUUCUUGGAGAGUUAGCUUUAAUGGCAAAUGCGCAGUCCGAGCCAGCUUAAUGUAGCCUAAAGACUGGAAAUGGAGGAAAACAUCCAGGGUUGCCAGGUCUGUGGUUUUCCUGCUUAAAUGAGCUGCUUUCGAAGUGUGGGAUGAAAUAUUCAUGGGCUGGCUGGAUAGAUGGAUCAUUAUGCAUUUCGCAUAAAAAUUAAAUUUAAAAAUAAUAAUAAUAAUGAAGUACCACAUUGUAAAAAUAUUGUUAAAAUAUUUACUUAGACAGAUCCAGACUCCAGAUCAGCAUAUGGUGCUGUAAUGCUCUCCUCCUCCAAACACCUGCCUCUCAUUCCCAACUCUGGCCACUGAGUUAGUUUUGUGACACACACACACACACACAGCAGGCAGCCCUGGAAGUGGCUGUGACUAAAGAUAUGAAGGUCUGCCCGACAAAUCAAAUUUUUGUGCAGCAGGUUAUGAACAACUAGUAACUACAUGAUAUAUGUUUCAGAUCUCUUAAGGUUUCUCUGCCUUAAUUUUCACAAAACUACAAAGGGGGGAAAAAAGUCAUUUACUAAUUUUUGAUCUGCGCACAAAGUGAAACAAACUGUUUUAUUUCUGGGAAAAAUUACUUAUAGUGCUCUCACUGGACACUUUAUUAGGCACACAGUUCUUCAUAGCGUAGAUUCAGCAAAGUGCGGGAAACAUUCCUCAGAUAUUUUUGGUCUAUAUUGACAUGAUAGCAUCAUGCAGCUGCACAUCCAUGAUGCGGAUCUCUCGUUCCACCACAUUCCAAAAGUGCUCUAUUAGGUUGAGGUUAGGUUGUGACUUUGGAGGCCUUUUUAGGACCGAGCCCUCGCUGACUUGUUAAGAAAACCCCAAAAAACAGUGAGACUGUUUUGAGCUUUGUGAUGUAGAAGAUGGGUACACUCAGGUAGGCUGUAGCCUUUAUUAAUGCUGCAAUUGUGAUUGGCUGAUGAGAUAUUUGCAUUAGUAAGAAGUUAAACAGGUAAGUGUUGUUCACUUAACCGAAGACACCAAAGAGCUAAAAAGGUUCACCUGAAGGUAGGUGGUUAGUUUUAUUACCUGGAAAAAAAGCUGACAUUUUGGGGAAUGAUGGAAAAUAUUAACGUCAAAGCUGAGAAGCCCCACCAAAGUUUACCAAGUAGGAACUCCAACUAUUGGUGUAUUGUGGUCAGAAAUGGGAAAUUUCUGGGAAGUAGUAUGUUGCCAAUAUAUGCAGCACCUCCCCCCUUGACAGAACUCCACUAAAGAGCAAAUAAUUACUUCUCAAAAUGUCCCGAUCCAAGUCUAAGGAACAGAUUUCCAACAGACACCUGAAUAAGGACAAGAGUCAUAUUUUUUUAACAACGUUGAGAGCUUUUAUUUCCAUUCAUCUGGCCUUCAAUGGUAUGUUUGACGCUGUCAUCAGUCAUCAGUCUGGUACAACGCUGCAGGUGGCUGGAGCCUCGCCCACAGCUGUGGAUCAGACCCAGGAGCACUUUUUUCUUUUUCCUUUUUCACAACUCUACACCUAGCAGAGUGACUGCAGCCUUCCAGGCAAAUUCACCCUGCUCCGAGCCACAGAAAACCAGCUGUGCCACAGAUCCUCGAGGGUGGAAACUACAGGGACCGGAGGAACACCAGCUGACCCCAACAGAGCCCCGAGGACUGUUUUAGAGUCAGCCAGGUAAUUAUGAGGCCCCUGGAGCGCCAAUAAAAGUGUUCAGACGUGAUGAGGAGGUUAGGAGCCAGGCUGGUUUUUCUAGUUCAGUGCAGCAACACAAAGUGGAAAUUUGGACUCUGCACAGCCAUUUUCGCCCACACUAAUUAGAAAUCUGGCUCAGUGUUUAUCCCUCUUGGGUAAAAAGGCCUGAUCCAACAUUUUUAUGUUUCACUUGGAGGGAUUACCGAGCAAGAGUAGCAAUAUGGAGCAGGCGGAGAUUCAGAUUUAAAUAAACUCCACUAUUGUCCCCUCACUAUCUGUUUGCAAGUUAAUCUUUUUAAAAACAUGUCAUCCGUUAGCUCUCAGUCAGUGGCACCAGCUAGUUUUCCUUGGCAAUGACACAAGUUUGACAGUCAGGUUGAGAUUUCUUUGUUUUCAGGUCUAUUAAACUACAAUAUCUUGUCA